AUGGGCGAUCUAGAUGCAUUCUUCCCUGCUGCAACACGUGAAUAUGCUCCAUUUGUUGAUGAGAUGUGGAAGGAUCCGGCCAUACAAGCAACAUAUAAAAGAAAGGACGAGUUACAUUUUCUUCCUGAUGUUGCUGAGUACUUCUUGAGCAGGGCCAUUGAGGUGUCAAGCAAUGAGUAUGAACCUUCAGAGAAGGAUGUGAUCUUUGCUGAAGGAGUAACACAAGGGAAUGGAUUAUCUUUCAUUGAGUUCACCCUUGAUGAUCGGAGCCCCAUGUCUGAACCUUUCAUUGACAAUCCAGAGGCGCAUUCUCAGCCUCUUACCAAGUAA